GGGCCACCAUCGAGUUGCGAACUGGCUCGCACCGCGGAACGAAUAGCUAGCGCCAUGUUAUCUCAUGCCGGCGACUGUUAGGUGUUAGUCAGGAAUUGGGCCGCGAUUCGGGACGACCACGCUCAGGCUAAAGGCUGCCGCAUGUCCGCCUCUCCUCAUCCCUCCCCAUAGCGGCCAUGGCGGACGGCGACAACACCUACCAGACUACCGAUGCCGUAGGCACCUCCACCAUCUCCAUCUUCACUCCCUCCGUCUCCAGAGUCAGAUCCGCCGCUCGUGCCAACAACUGUCACACGGUCUCGCGCGAGCACGCUGCAACGAUAACACCAGCUGGGGAUGAAAGAGCGCCGCUACUGGGCAGCGGACCCCAUAGAGUCAAGAAAAAAUGGUAUCGCCCGAGACCUCUUUGGCUCGUCCCCUUCUCCAUCACUGCAUCUAUUGUGCGCGGCAUGACCCUUGGUCCUCGUGUAGAAGUCUUCACUCAACUCUCCUGCAAUGCUAUCUAUGGUCGCGACGUCUACGAUCAUACUGGCGCUAAUGACAGCGUUCUCCUAACUACAACCUACCAAUAUAAUCCUCUUAUGGAUAUCGAUUCAAGCGGCAACCAUCUCAGUAGACUGCCAGUAGACCUCACUAGUAUCACUCAAGAACAGCCUAUUUAUUUUGCAUCCAACACCAGCGACGAUGACGACGACGAACCGGAUCCCCGAGUAAUUCCAUCCAGGCGAUGCCUGCAGGAUCCUGCAGUGCAAUCUGGAGCGGCACGUUUGCAGAUGAUCAUGACGUUCACUAUGGGUGUCCUCUCAGCUCUGACGACGGGCUGGUGGGGCCACUUCGGUGAACUGCAUGGUCGUACGCGCGUGCUGUCGGCGGCCACUCUGGGUCUCUUGCUGACCGACUUGAUGUUCAUCCUGGUCUCCACUCCACACAGCAUCUUCGCGGCACACGGGCACAAGCUGCUGAUCAUCUCUCCCGCAAUCGAGGGUCUUCUCGGCGGUUGGCAGACGCUGCAGGCCGCGAUCAACGCAUACGUCUCAGACUGCACCUCGGACGGCUCGCGCGCGCAGAUCUUCUCUCGGUUCACAGGCGUGUCUUUCUUUGGACUUUCCAUCGGCCCGACGAUUGGCGCUUUCCUCAUCCGGCACCCGCUUUUCAUGGGUGCGCCGCCAAGCUCGAGCACGCAUGGCCAGACGCAAACCGUGACGUUGGUCUUCUACGUGAGCGCCUUCUGCUCGUUCAUCAACCUGCUCUUCGCCUUGUUUGUGUUCCCUGAGCCGCCAAAAAAGGAGGGCGCUAUCGCGCAGCAUACUGAGGAGUUGUCAGAUGCUGAUGGAUUGGCUUCGACGGCGGGAGGCAAACAUGGGUUGGUAUCAGGCUUCUUGGGCCCGUUCGCGUUGCUUGCACCUAGAACGAUCCACUCCGUCAGUGGUGCUACCAAGAAGGACUGGAGGCUGACUUGGAUGGCGUCAGCAUUGCUCGUGUACGCUUUGUCGACUGGAAUCUUUCAAAUCAAGUAUCUGUACGCUGAACACAUAUACGGUUGGGGAGCAGAACAGCUAAGCUAUUACAUUUCUACCAUGGGUGCCGCUCGGACUCUGUAUCUCUUGGUGUUAAUGCCCCUGAUCGUUGUGAGCCUCAAGCCCAAGCCCAAGGCCUCCGUAAUGCCCACCGCCCCCGCUGUACCAGGGAAGAAGCCGCCGCAGACACCCGCACAGAUCGCCGCCGAGAUGAGGUUCGACUUCGCGCUCCUACGCGCAUCGCUAGCGGUCGACAUGUUCUCGCACAUCCUCGUCUCGCUGUCGUCGCCCGACUCGAGCGCAGCCAUGUUCUACCUGUACACCUCGCUGAGUAGCUUUGGCGCAGGCGUGGACCCGGCGCUGCACAGCUUGGCGCUCUGCGUGAUGCAGGCGAAUGGCGACGACAACCGUGGCAAGCUGUUUGGCCUGUUCGCAAUGUUGAGGACUGUGGGACAGAUGAUUCUCGGCCCCCUGCUGUUCGGCCUGGUCUACAGCUCGACGGUCGCCACCUACCCCAAGGCGAUCUUCGUCGCCGCCGGCAGCUUCGCGUUCACCGCCAUGGUGUUCCUUUGCAUGAUUCGGCCCGAUGUUGGACACAAGGGGAGACGCAGGGCAUCCCGAAGACACGAUGACGUGGAGCCUGAGCGUGGGCGGUCGCGCAUCAGCAAAGACAUUAGCAAGGCAAGUGUCCGGGUCGUGGUCGUGCCUAUCGCAAGCGGCUCCUAUGGCAUGGUGUCGGAGCGAGGGUCGCGGUGAGACGUUCGCGCCCAUCGUUAGAUGAUUUUUCUGUUAGAUGGCUCCAAGCCUUUUGCUAGUUUGUAUGUACUCUUUAUUGUUGUUUGUUUCGUGUACAUAAGAUUAGAGAAAUCGGAGACAUUGGAUAAGGAAUAAGGAUUACACAAGGCAG